AUGGCGAGCCGUCUCAAAAAUGCCAUCAAGAAGCGGGCAUCACGCAUCCUGCACAGAGACAAAGAGAGCACUGCUCCUGAGAGCUCCGAUUCACUCCCUUCAGACAACAGGAACAGUCUGAAUGCUCAGGGUAGGACCUCUCAGUCGCGCCAUCGGAAGUCUUUGAGUGCAUUGAGCAGAAGUUCAAAGACAGAUCCACAUCAUGGCUCUGAAAUCCCCCAAGCACAUGAACAGCCGGCUUUCGCAGCUCCAAACACAGACAACCUGCAUGCUCAUCCAGCAGUUCACCCAUUGGAGUCAGAGUUAACGCCUAGGACACCCGGGUUGGAACGGCCGCGUCCAACUUUCCUGCCGGGUGAUGCCGUUGAUUCAUAUGAUGAAGGGAACUCUCAUAUCAGUGAAGGCCUCGGUGCUCCAUCUCAUCAAACUUCUCAGCAACCUGCGCUAGAGCGAGAGAACGUACAGCAUACAACGACGCAGCACAAAACCUCGAGUCACUCGGCGGACGCGGAUGAGCUUGAAAGAAGACUUUCGCGGCUGGCGGUUUCUCCGGGUGGGAAUGAACUUCCCGAGACUGAAAUUGAUCCUUUGACGCCAUUUGAUCUUGUCGACGAAGUCAGCCCUGAUCAGUCGAAGCUAUCGCGGUUGGCCAUUGCUCAAGAAGGGCCGGAGUAUGCAACAACGCACAUGAAGCCCUUGUCUCAAGAGUCUGACGUCAACCUGGAAUCCAAUGCGAACCCAGAAGCCAGCAUUAAUCACAAUUUAGAGGCAAUUCAUCCUCGAGACACAGAAUUUGAGCGCAUCAACGAGCAAGUCCGCGCUGGUACAAACGGAGAGGCCAAUUUCCACCUCCAGAACAGUCUUGAUUUUGACAGAACAGUCCAUAACCAAGAGGCGGUCGUUGAACAAACUAUCAAACCUCAUAUUCAUACGAUAUAUGAACCCAAACGUACCCUGUCGAUCCAUCAUCAUUCGCAUAAAACUGUUAUCCAACCGAUCAAAGACCCAAACCCCACGAUCCUUCCAGAACAACAUUGGCUGCAAGAUGAUAAGACUGGCGAGAUCUACAUGAUUCCAACUGAGCUUGGCAAGAAAUUGCAGUAG